AUGGUGUUCUACCCGAGGACGGAGCGUGUUCGCCAAGCACAGACACCGAUGCUACUGCUGAACGAUGGCUCCGCGAAUUACGAAUUGGCAAUUGUGGAAUUAACGAACAGCGACGAGCACCGUGGGACCGACAGUGAUCCUGACGACGAUGGCCACUUCUGGCCAACAUCGCCCAAGCGACCGCGCAUUGAUGAAGAUGGACUGCUCGCUGAGGCAGUGCUGGCAUAUGCUGCCAGUGUCGGCGAGGCUGACGAUGCACCAACGACGUAUCAGCAAGCCAUGGAUGGUGACGAUGCGGUGGGGUGGGUGUACACUCGUUUUCUUCUUCUUGCUGGACAAUCAUUGGGGCUAAGUUUGCUUAAACAAGUGAGUGAAAAUGCCUAA